AUGAAGGAGGAUUUUCUGCCAUCUCGCAAGAAGAUGCAGGGGGAAGUAAGCCCAAAAGAUUGGAAUCAUGGAAACGAAUGCACCCUGGCACAGACAGAAGUGCCAUGCUCAGGGUUUGCUGGCAAACCAGAAGCCACAGCAUAUCACAGUGUUUCUUUUGUUUUGGCGAUCCAGAUAUCUUCCUUCUUAUUCCUGUUUGUCCAAUUGUGUGGAGGUUCAUUGCUACAAACACUUUCUUCUGUUCUGUGGUGCUGUGCUGAAGUAGGCCUUGGAGUGUUUUCUGAAAGAAUUGUAAUGCCACAGUAG